UGUCAAAUUCGAUUUUAAAUAUUUGUAUCAUAAUGGUCUCUUAAAUUUUUAAAUCAUUACACACAAUACAACACUACACAACACACAUUAGCACACACAGUACGCUAAAUUUCCACAAAAUCUGUCCAAACUGUUCCAAAUUUUGCUGUUGCCAUGUGUUUGGAGGCCACAUUGACCAAAAAUAAGACACUGGUUCUGAUCAAUCAAGGCUACAAGAUCCUCGCCGAGUAUCAAAUGAUAGAGCAGAAGGAGCUGAAAAGCAUCUAUGCGAUACCCAGCUAUGCCAGUGGCUUGCUUUGGUUCGGUGUAAUAUUCAUACAUAGCGGCAUGUAUUCGGGGAGCGUAUUCCGUUUCUCCAUUCUGUUGCCCGAUAAUUUCCCCGAAGAACACAUUCUGCCCACCGUCAUCUUUCAGAAGGACAUCUUUCAUCCUCACAUUUGCCCAAUAUCACACAGCCUUGAUCUGACGCCAGUUUUUAAAGAGUGGCGCAAGGAUCAGCACCAUAUUUGGCAUAUACUCAAGUACAUUCAGGCUGUAUUCGCCGAUCCCGAGGGCAGCGUCUGCAACACCAAGACCGGCGAACCCAUUCCGUUGACAGCUGCCAACAAUAUGGAAGCAAUGCGUCUUUUGGCCAACAAUCGUGUGGACUUUGCCAUGCGCGCUAAGGCUAGCAUUAUUUGGAGCUGCAAACACAUGUUCGAUAGACCACCUAUCAAUGAUCCGCAUUACAUAAUUUUCGAGCGCUAUCGUCCCGAGAAGCAUCAAGCCUUGAUGAAACGUAUCAAAAGCAAUAACUGGUACGCUCUAUCGACGCCAGCGACGCCGCCAUCCCAGUGUGUUGGUUGCAUUGAGUCUACUAAACUAUUGCGGGAGGAAGAUGCUCAAACAAUUAGUAUGGAUAGCCUGAAUUAGUGGAAUUAGUAAACAUUCGACUAGAACAUUUUCAUAUGCAUCAAAAAUGUUCUAGUCGAUGGGCGUGUACACUAGUUGUGUUUCAACACCAUAUAUACACACAUAGAUGUGCAACACUUAUGUUAACUAUUUUUCAAAUUGUUUUGAUCGUCAGUUCUGA